GUCGUGUACAAGGUGGAACUACGGCAAGCGACUAGUUUGGCGAACCUGUGACUGUUCCUGGCUACUCAACACCAAGGAGCGGAACAGUCAACUUGGAGUCAGGUGUCUCUUGCAACAAAAUGAAACAUCACAGUCUCCUCCUUUUCUUGUCCUCCUGUCUUCUGAGUGUCCUCUCUCAUGUGGACGCUGUGCAACAGAGACAGCCCCCCAUUGUCGAGAAUGCAGCUCACUUAUCCGGCCACGGUCGCUUUGACAAAAACAUGGUCCAGGAUAAAGACCACAUUAUGGAGCAUUUAGAGGGUGUGAUUGACAAACCAGAGAAAGACAUGUCACCUCAGGAGCUUCAGCUUCAUUAUUUUAAGAUGCACGAUUAUGAUGGCAACAACCUGUUAGAUGGGCUGGAGUUGGCUACAGCGAUCACCCACGUCCACAGAGAGGAGAGAGGGGAGGACAGCAAGCCAAUAGGAGAGGAAGAUCUCAUGAAGCUGAUCGAUGAAGUUCUGAGGGACGAUGACAAGAACAAUGACGGUUAUAUAGAUUACGCAGAGUUUGCCAAAUCACUAGAGUAAUACGUCACCCUGCACAAUACUGUUUUCUUUUUUUAUGUUCACAACAAAGCUGUAAAGGAGCAAUGGCUUUCCGGAAGAGCGCCAAUCUCUUUUGCACGGACCAGUCAGUUUUGUUAGUAGCAAAUUAUGUUUACUCUCUCAUCUGGAGCAGCAAACCUGCCGGUUCAAAACAGUAGAACGAGCAAUUCAGGCUAACUCACGCAAGCAAAAUCUUCCAUGCAAGCAUUUUCCAUUCUUGUAGUUUCCUACAAUUAGUGCCUCGUUAAAAGCUGAUUCACAUCAAACAACCAAUGAAAAGUUGUCUGCCACUGGGACAGUGUAAAAGCGCUGUAUAGUGCAGCUACUUGCAGCAUUUUAGGCUGAAACCUGCUAUUUCUUCCUGAAAGUUGUAUCUUGGUGAUGAAUGUCUAAAGUAUUGUACGUAUGAGCCAAUAGCUGUCAUCCUCACCGUGUUCGUGCAUCCAACGGGUACGUGACAGAAGAACAUGAAUGUAACGCAGUGCUGUCCUGUGCAAUGCUGCCUCUGUAUCACUGAACAAGACUAGUCGCCUUGCUGCUGUUUAGUUGGUCAACCCAUGAAGCUAAGCUCACGCACAACAUGCUCAUACAUAUACGCACACACACAAGUUCACGUAUAAGCUGCCUCGAGAAAAACAGCUUUUAAAUUGUCAAAUUCAUCUGUGAUUUUUGAUAAUGUACAGUUUGUUAUUCUAUAAAUAUAUAUUUUGUCAUCUUAUAUCUAUUCUUCACAGGUUGUUUAAUACAAGUAUUUAACAAAAAAAAAGCAUAAUAGAACUAGAAUGUGAACUAUUAAAAUCUGUUAUCAACAAUGUUA